AUGGGGUUGCUUGGCGGCAUCUCUUCUGGAGGGAGCAUAGCUCUUGGAAUUAUUGUUGGAUUGAUAUCGACUAGUGUUCAGAGUCUAGGUCUGACCUUGCAGCGAAAGUCGCAUAUACUCGAGGACGAAAAGGGACCUCACGAUGUCCGACGGCCUCCCUACCGAAGGAGGAGGUGGCAGAUCGGUAUGGGCAUGUUUAUUGUAGCGAACUUGCUGGGAAGCAGUAUUCAGAUCUCGACACUUCCGCUCCCCGUUCUCUCGACGUUGCAGGCUGCUGGCCUCGUAUUCAACUCGAUAUGCGCAUCAUUGAUCCUCAGCGAACCUUUCACAAGAUGGUCUUUGUCCGGCACGAUUCUCGUUACAACUGGCGCUGUAUUGAUCGCUAUAUUCGGAGCCAUUCCUUCGCCGGCGCAUGACUUGAAAGAGCUGUUGGAACUCAUGGCGAGAAGGCCAUACAUUGUCUGGAUGAUACUCCAGGCGCUCUUUGUCCUCACUCUGGCACUGGCCGUUGAUCUAAUCAACAGCAUGUCGAGCCUAUCACACGACGCCCGCUUUCGGCUGGCUCGAGGCAUUACUUACGGUGUCAUCAGUGGAGAUCUCUCUGCUCAUGCACUAUUGUUUGCCAAGUCCUCAGUAGAGCUGGUCAUCAAGACUGUUGCUGGACGUAACCAGUUCGUGCAUUGGCAAUCUUGGGCCAUCGUCCUAGCCCUCGUCACGCUGGCUCUCUGCCAGCUCUAUUAUUUACACCGAGGUCUCAAACUUGUUUCAACCUCGGUUCUUUACCCUUUGGUUUUCUGUGUCUACAACAUCAUUGCCAUACUUGACGGUUUGAUAUAUUUCAACCAGACAAGCCUAAUAUCCCCUCUAAGAGCAUGUCUCAUUGCUUUGGGAACUGUUAUUCUGCUUUCCGGUGUCUUGGCACUCUCAUGGCGAUUAAGCGACGAGCAGCAUACACCCGGCGUUGGACAGUCGUCCCUUGCCCCUGGUCUUGGACUUGUGGAGGACACUGAGGAGGAAGAGUCGCUGCUUGGCUCAGACAACGCCGUUGCAGAUGAAGACUCAAUUCCACAUACAUAUCAAACAUUCCCGCCCGCAAUUGACGAAACACCACUGGUCCCCUCUCGCAAGAGGAUCCCUCGGUGGGCUGAGCGAGCUGAGAUUUGGGAUGAGUUGGAGGAUCGAGAUGAGCCCAGCACUCCAGGCAAUAGGAGACGGUCUAGUACACUGCCGCGCCAUACAGAGUCCUCACCCCUACUCCCUACCAAGAGAUCUACCACCAGUGGCCCCGUUGGGGAGGAAUCUGGGCCAAGCACCGAAUCUACACCUCGACGACUUCCACGACGAAGGCGGAAGAGCACAGGAUUUCCAGGUCUGAAGGCUCGUCGAUACAAGAGAAGCAGGAGCUCCACAGACUCGGGUGUUCUCGGUAACAUCCUCUCAUUGAGUUGGUUCAGGAGCAGAAACCGCCAGUCAUCACAAGCUAGCACUAGCGAUGGCUUUCCUUGGGGCACCACAUCUCAGCAGGACAGUGCUGAGGCAAGGGGUGACGCAGCUGUAUGA